CUGUCACGAAAAGGCCCAUUCGAGUGAGUAACCAAAAACACGACACAGCGGUUUUUGAUUUGAUUGGUGCUGCAAAAAUUCAAUAUUUUUCUGUGGAUAUCUCCUAAAAUCGUCUAGAUUACCAUUAAUAUAUUAAAGCCGAAUAAUGUCCGACAUUCAGACACUAGUUGAUAUGGGAUUUCCCAAGGAGAAAGCCGAACGUGCCCUCCAGGUCACCAACAACAAGGGUGUGGAAGCGGCCAUGGAAUGGUUGCUGGCCCAUGCCGACGAAGAUAUUCCAUCGAGCAGUGGCUCAUCAUCGUCGACGCAACAGCAACCCGAGGUCGAAGGACCCACGUCAGAGGAUGCGACUCCUAGUACUGCCACCGACGAGGCCGCACCGGUGGCCAAGUCGCUCAAGUGUGAUGAAUGUGGAAAACUGUUCAAAUCGCAGGACGAGGUUGAGUUCCAUGCGGCCAAAACGCAGCACAGCAGCUUUUCGGAAUCUACCGAGGAGAAAAAACCGCUGAGCGAGGAUGAAAAAAAAGCCCAACUGGCCCUGCUGGAAGAGAAGAUGAAACGCAAGCGCCAGGAGCGCGAGGAGAACGAAAAGAAGGAAGCACAAGAGCGGGAGCGAUUGCGUAUCAAAUCCGGCAAGGAUAUGCUGGAGGCCAAGCGAAAGCUUGAAGAGCAGGAGAUGAAGAAAGUGAUGGAUCAACGGCGAAGGGAGAAAUUGGAGGAAAAGGCUGCCCGCGACAGGGUGAGGGCCCAGAUUGAAGCCGAUAAAGCGGCUCGGAAGGCGAAGCAAGCUGGCGAAAGUUUCGUUGCUCCCGCGCCAGCCCCAGUUGUCACCAGUCCAACUGAUUCGCCGAAGCCGGCCGUUUCGAAGACCUACACAAACGCUCGCAUCCAGAUUCGCAUGCUGGACGGUAGCACUCUGGUGGAAACCUUCGAUGCUAAGGAACAGCUCGCUGCCGUGCGGCUGUUCGUGCAGCUUAAAUUGGGAAACGCUUCCGCUCCGUUUGGCUUGAUGACGAACUUCCCUCGGAAGGUUUUCAGCGGAGACGACUUCGACAACUCGCUGGAUAAGCUUGGACUGGUUCCAUCGGCAGUGCUAAUCGUGACCAAGGCACAAUGAGAAAGUUAGGGCAUUUUUUUUAUUUGGACAGGCGUUGAGUGACAAAUGCGGCGGAUUUGUGUGUAAGAGUCGAGCAGGGAUGUGAUUAACAGUGGUAAGAGAAAUGCAAGUGGUUUGGAAUAUUUAUUGGUUUUGUCAAAAAGAAAAAAAACGAAAAAAACUAAAUUUCAACUUA